CGCAUCUCUAAACUGCAAGGCGGAUGUGCUCACUUGCUGCUUAAAUGAAUAUCGUUUAUUAAUAAUAGCUUAGUGUUGCUGAUAGUGUAGUGGUAAAGGCCUGACUUUUGUUCAGGUAGCCUGGGAUCGGUUCCCACUCAGGUGGAACGUGGGUGAGAAUGGUUGUUCGUCUCUCCACGUGCCCUGCAACUGGCUGGCGAACAGUUUAGGUUGUCGUCCUGCUUCUGCUCGAAGUCAACUGUCAGAGGCUGCAGCACGCCCGCGAUCCUCAUGAGGAUAUGAAGAUUAGAAAAUGGAAAUGUGUCAAUUUUGUGUGUGCUUUAUGAAAUUAAACCACUCGCGGGAAUUGCUGAAGAUGACCCAAACUUGGUCAAGUUUACUCACUACAGAACUAUACGACAUUAUUAAGAAAAUAAAACAUUGAUGGUGAAGCCAUGUCUAUCAAAAGAAUCUCCACCAUAAAAAAUGAGAGUAUUGCAUCAAUUUACUGUAUAACAUAUAAUUAUCAGUUAAUUAUUUCCAUAAUUCCUUUUGAAAUUCAAACAGUCAAGGUUGUAGGACGAGUUUUAUUUUGAAGGCAAGCCACUGUGGCUUCACCGCAUGAGCUUGACGCACUUAGCCGCCACGUCCAAAAGUCAAGAGAGCUGAUAAGAGUCUCUCUGGCAGAUUACAAAAUCUUUGCCUCCAUUAAGUAUUGCCUCACGCGAUUCCCUCUCAUGGCUUGAAUGCUGACCUGUCAGCUCGCCUGGCCUUUAGCCUUCGCACCUUUGCUCCCCACGUUGCCGCGAGCAACCGCUUGCUAACGUCAACGUGCAACUUCCUGCUUCUGUUGUCGUCCCGAUUGUGUUGCUGGUCCGUUGGGUGAACACCAUCACGGAGCGGUUCGUGUUCGUGGUCAGGUCUUCGAAGCAUCAAUACCAACAUGUCCUCAAGGCAAGAUGGAGCAAAAAACAUCACGUGACUGAUCAGAAGAUGCCUUAGUCGUACAAGCUACUGUUUCAGACCGCUUAGCUCCCAGUUACCCCCGAGCCCCGCCCCAAACUCCCUAGGGGGCCUGGGCAACAGGGGGCCAUGCUGGGCACCAGGCCAAAAAGCAACAGGCAAUCGCUGUGGCGCUUUCUGCUCCCGCCACGCGUCCGUGAGGAGCGAGUGGUGUUGGCCCGCAGCGAGAGCCUGCCCAGUGACCAGGUGCUGAAGAUCGUCGUCACAGAGACCACGGUGAUCAAGGCCGGCUCAGGGGUCUGGAACCGCCGCUCCCUCACCUACCUGGCCCUAUGGUACUUCUUCAGCUUCUGUAACCUGUUCCUCAACAAAUACAUCCUGUCGCUGUUGGAGGGGCAGCCGAGCAUGCUGGGUGCGGUUCAGAUGCUCUCCACCACCAUAAUUGGCUUCCUGAAGAUGUUUGUGCCUUGCUGCCUUUACCAGCACAAAUCCAGGAGCGAGUAUCCUCCCAACUUCAUCAUGAUCAUGCUCUUCGUUGGACUGAUGAGGUUCACCACGGUGGUCUUGGGUUUGGUGAGCCUGAAGAAUGUGGCCGUGUCUUUUGCCGAGACGGUGAAGAGCUCUGCGCCCAUUUUUACUGUCAUCAUGUCCAGGUUGAUUCUUGGAGAGUACACAGGCUUGUGGGUGAACCUGUCGCUGUUCCCCGUCAUGGCGGGCUUGGCUCUCUGCACGGCCACAGAGCUCAGCUUCAACUUGCUCGGCUUCUCCGCCGCGCUCUCCACCAACAUCAUGGACUGUUUACAGAAUGUCUUCUCCAAGAAACUGUUGAGCGGUGACACUUAUAAAUUCAGCCCUCCAGAACUACAAUUUUACACCAGUGCAUCAGCAAUCAUAAUGCUCAUCCCAGCCUGGAUUUUCCUCCUGGAAACUCCCGCAACCGAGAAGAGCGGACAGACCUUCACUUUCAGUCGGGACAUCGUCUUGUUGUUGCUCUUCAACGGCGGCCUGUUUCACCUGCAGAGUGUCACUGCCUACGCGCUGAUGGGGCGCGUUUCUCCGGUUACUUUCAGCGUCGCGAGCACCGUGAAGCACGCCUUGUCCGUGUGGCUGAGCGUCAUCGUGUUCAGCAAUCGGAUCACCAUGCUCAGUGCCACCGGCACCGUCCUCGUGUUUGUGGGGGUUUUCUUGUACAACAAAGCCAGGCAGGCCCAGCGGCAGCGCAUGCUGGCCAUGGCUGCACAGCAGAACUACAAACUAUCGCCACAGGAGCAGAACAUCCAACGAGGUCCGCCGCAGCCUCACUAAAGUCUCUGCGAUUUUUUUUUCUUUCUUUCCAAACUGGCUGGACACGUUCGUCGCCUUGCACACAUUCCAGUCAUGGAGGACCAUAAUAUGAAUAAUAACAAAUUUCAGGUGUUGUCAAAGUGACUGUUGUUGAAAGGUGAAACAACGGCUUUAAUAUUCCUGUGGAACAUUUCUUGGCAGUUCGCAACAAGCAAGCAUUUGACAAAAACGAGAAGCUCAGGGUGUCCUUCAGCGUUUUGGGAGGGAGUCUGUUCUUUAGAAGCAAUUUUGUCUUGCGUCUGGAUUCUCGGCUGUGCCCGUGAAUCUCAUCUGUGGUACGCCGCGGCUUUUGGGGGGGGGGCAUCAGAGGCGCUUUGAAAGAUUCCUCUGCCCAAGUGUCGAUUGUUCGGCCACUUGACACAUUUUAACUCAUUCACUGCCAAAGACGUUUUUAAACGUCUUUUCAGACUUAGUCCAGAAAUGGCUGCUACUGAAUGAGUUAAGAUGCGUCUUAAAAAUAGGACAGUCACAUUACUGCAUUCCGGCAAUGCGCCGUCCUCAGUUGCCAUCAAAUUCAUUCCCAGUGCAUGCUGAGAUUGAAGAGACAAAACGGCUUAAAGAUGCUUGAAAAAAAAGGAUCCAUGUAUUUAAAUAACCUCCCAAAUUAGGCAAUUGCUUUUGGUAAAAAAAAAAAAAAAAACAAUAAUAAUCUUCCUGUCCCAAAUUUUACAGCCAUCUCAAGCAUCAAAAUACGUCUACUUUGGCAAAAGUAGCAGCACAUCGGGUCAGUCAACUUGCUGGGUAUCACUAGUUAACAAUUCCACUUUAAAAAACGGGUUUUGAAUUUGCAGAUGAAACGGCCGCCGCUCUUCUCGGAAAACAUGUUGGAGGAUUUUGGGGUGUCUGUUAGGAUUUGCUUUUAUAUGUACUUUCAUCCGAUGUUACACUUCAUUGAUGCUGGGUCGUCUCCCUACGUCGUUUGAUGAGCAAACGCAAGUGAUCAUAAGCGAUACGGAAACUCGGAUACCCGAGGUAGCGCCUGUAAUGAUCAAAGAUGGAUUGUAUGCACAGAAAACAGAACACUACCUGUAUUUCCCCACCAAAUUCAUCCAACCGUACCUUGAUGGAGCUAUGAAAGCGAAAAUGUUCCUCCUCAAGCUUUUCUCACCAAGUUCAAAGCAUGCAAGUGAACAAAAGGUAAACUACUCUACCAACACUUGCGUUGUCGUAGAGAUUAGAUGUAACACGAGUUAGGUGAUUCAAAACGGUUGUGAUGUUGGAUGUCAAAGGGGGGUGUGGGGGCCAUCAAGCAGCCAAGCAGCCUGUGCAUGUGCUGUCUUCUCCCCCCCCCCCCCUUUCAGAAAUGCCCCGCAUGGCGAGCCUCCGUUUAAAGCGUUUCGAUUACGCCAAGCUCGACUCUCGCAAACCGGUUUUCCUCAUUCUUUAAAAUGCUGCUGCCAACAAAGGUAACCGCGUCUCUGAAAGGGAAAUGUCUGGUGGCGGGUUUCUCAUUUAAGUUUUACAUUUCAGUAUUGCAGUGCCUCCGCAAGCAGAAUUGUUUUUUACGUUGGUUGAUUUGUUUGUUUUUAACAAAACAUGUUUGUCUGUUUCAUCCCUGACAUCCUUCUCAGGUGUUUCCACCCCAACCCAAUAAUCCUGUAAUAGUUUUAGUUUUAAAUGGGACCAUUGGUGAAGGUUCGCAAUGUGGUGUUUUUCCUUGCAAUGUUAAAGGUUCCAAAGUGGUGAGUGUGUGUGUGCAUGCGUGAGUUUGUGUGAGUCUGUUUUUUACUGAAAUCUUAGUGUGUGUGGAAAUUUGACAGGGAGGAAGUGUAGUCUUCUUGCCAAGGACUCUUGGCCAAGAGGCCUGUUUUGAACGGCCGAUUAUCAGUUUUUCCUACAAUUCACAUUGUCUGUUAAAAAAAUGUUUUUAUUUUAUUAUUUUUUAAAGUGCAAAGCAUCGAGCUGCCUAUCAUACGCCACAAGAUUAAAAAAGAAGUUUGCUAGAAGCCUCACAGAUGACACUUUUUACUUUAUGACCCAUCGUGUAUUUGAAUGGCCGUAGCUUUCGAUCACGAGACUCAUUCCACACUGUCGGCCCUGUUUUCAAGUUUACUGUACGUCUAAAAUUGUCAACAUUAACAUGUUAACUCAUGUUUUCCAUUGCUAGUUUGUCAAAAUCUUUGCAGUUUUGUUUGCCUCUUGAAGGAUGCGGGUUUGGCCAUCAUUUUUAUUUUUUUCGGACUACGUCUGGCUGUGAUUUAUCGUCCACGCCGUCGCCACCGGUCAUGAUGCGUUCAAGGGCGGCUUGGGUAAACAUGUCACUUGGUAAUCCUUAACACAACAGACUACCAUAACAAGUGUGCUCACAUUUGAGCACACUUCCGCAUGUGCUAGUCUGCAUGUUGUGUACGUGUGCCUGUUUGCUGAGGGUAUUUUUUUCCAAAUCCAUACCGUGCUCCUUUUACAAGAACGCCAGGGGUUGUUUUUUUUCCUCCCCAUUUCUCCUCCCCCUUUCAUGUAUGUGUGUGUGUUUUUAUUAUGUAAUCUGUGAAAACAAGGUGCCAUAAAGGUGACCCGGCUGAUUCCCGUUCUGUAUCCCCCCCGAUGUUGUUCUAUGUCACUUGAACAGUUUGUCUUUGUUCAAUUUUGUUGCACUUUUGGUACAAUGACAAUAAAGUUAUUCUGAUUCA